AUGUUUGGGACUGGCUACAGAAUCGACGGCCACGAGAACACGGACGUCAUCAAAAACAUCAGCGACAUCGACAUCUAUUACCAAGUUUAUUCGGGCAGCAAGCUGCAGCCUUACACUAGUUUCAAAAUGCUCAAGGCCGGGGAGGAGGAUCGAUUGGUCCGCAACUCCUUUCCUCACCCCAUCUUGCUGUCCCAUUCCCCUCGGAUUUACUACACGCCGGCGAAUGUCGUUGGUUACCAGGAUCUUCAUCAAGUUCCGGACGCCAGGAUCCUUUAUCUUCGAGGAGAUUCUUCCGACAAAAUUGAGUAA